AUGCCCGGAAAAGUCAAGGCCUACGAACUCCAGUCCAAGUCGAAGAAUGACUUGACAAAACAGCUCGCGGAGCAGAAGACCGAGCUCCUCAACCUCCGGGUGCAAAAGAUUGCAGGUGGAUCUGCGUCGAAGUUGACUAAGAUCUCCACCGUCCGCAAGUCGAUUGCCCGCGUCCUUACCGUUAUCAACGCUAAGCAACGCCAAAACCUCCGCGAGUUCUACAAGAACAAGAAGUACCUCCCCCUUGACCUCCGGACGAAGAAGACUCGUGCUAUCAGGCGGCGAUUGACUGCUAACGAGAAGUCGAAGAUCACUGUUAAGCAGCACAAGAAGAACAUCCACUUCCCUCUCAGGAAGUUCGCCGUCAAGGCAUGA